AUGGGCGAUAACAAUGGACUUGAAUUGUCGCAAGCGCAGAAGCGCCGCAUUGAUCGCGAGGAUGGACGCAGGCGUGCCCCGCCAUCCCGGAUGAGAGCAUGUGCCGAAUGCAAGAGACACAAAAUCAAAUGCGAGUCAGUGCCUAACAAGGCAAAGUGUGCCAAAUGCCUGCGCAGCGGUGCAGAGUGCGUUCCAUACAACCUUAACCAGCGCUUCUUGGACGAGGACGCUUCCUGGAAAGCAAAUGCGAAUGUCAAACUGAGCCAGCUGCGCUCCGCAGUACAGCUACUCUUGCGACAUGCAAACUUGCCGGAUCUUGAGCAUGCUAUGGCGGUCUCGCCGGGGGGCUCAUCCAGGCAGACUGAGGACUCCAGCCCAGCAAAUACAUUCUUCGAACACGCCCAGUCUGGCAUGGUUGUACCACCUCCAAUGGAUAUGACAAGAGAGGCGACUGCUGAGCUAGAGUUCCUGAACGACUCUGGCCUCGCAACCGUCCCCAUGAAGAGUCUGUACGAUCUCACUCGUCUCCGUACGCUCUCAAACAGCACGACGUACGGCCCCAGCUCCGCUUCGCCCAGCGAGGACUUCAUUAGUCAGAAUGUAGUAUCGCCCACAGAAGCGGAAGAGCUCUUUAAGCGAUACAUAUACGAUAUCCGCCCUUACCUUUGGGCUGGUACCCUGUUUCCGUACGACUCACUGGACGCUGUGCGGCGCAGUUCUACAGUUCUGACAGCCGCGGUGCUUACCGUUGCUGCUCUCCAUAUGUCCACUGGUAAUGAUGUUCUACAGAGAUGCUAUGGCGUUUUUGUCUCAUUGACAUACAACACCUGUCUAUCACGGCCAUGCAGCCUCGACGACAUCCGCGCACAGGCAUUGGGCGCUUUCUAUAUUUCCAACUUGAGCUGGAAGCUCUCUGGGCUAGCUGUCAGAACUGGUGUCGAGCUAAACUUGCACCAGUCUUAUCAGAAGCUUAUGCGCGGGCAUGAAGAUCAUCGGGACAAUGUCAGGCUCUGGUACGCAUUGUAUGUCUGCGAGCAUCAAUACAGCAUUGCUUAUGGUCGUCCACCAACCAUUCACGAAGACGCUGCUAUCAGAAACAUUGAGCAGUUCCUCGACAGUCCCAAUGCUACACCUGGGGACGUUAGACUCUGCGCUCAAGUUAGCAUGUUCAAAAUUCUCACUGAAGCCUACCAUACAUAUGGCAGCGACCCAGGACAUCAGCUGACGGAACCUGAACUCCAUCAACUAAGACUUUUCAACCUCGCGAUCGAGGAAUGGCGGUCCUCCUGGCAGGGGAGAUCCACCGAUGCUGUCGGCAUAAACUCUUACCCCUCGAAAGCGGUGUUGAUGUACUACCACUUUGCUCGCGUGCAUCUAAAUUCGCUUGCGCUCCGUGCUCUUCCACCACUCACUGCCAUGUCGUGGGACACCCUCUCCCACGAGCGACGUGAAGCAGCGAUUAUAGCGACCGAUUCCGCCAUUAGUGCACUUACUCUCAUCCUCGAGGAGACGGACCUCAGUCGUGCCAUGCCAGUCGUGCCCGUAUUUACACACACCAUGGUAGCCUUCUGCGCCACGUUUUUGCUCAACCUCGUCAGAGUCUGGAACGGCACCGCCCAAGCGCACUCGCCGCUAUCUACCGCGGGUGGUUUCGAUCCAGGUCUAGGAUUCAACGUCGGACAGAGUCUCGCUCUCACCAGGAAGACAGCAGAUUUCUUAAUGACCGUCGCGGAGAACUUGAACGAGAAGCAUUUGACAAACCACAUCGUCCAGGGCAUCAACGUUGUCCUUGAACGUCUGGAGGUUGCUAGUACGCCGGCGAGUGCGGCGACAUUUCAGGUUGAUGGACAUGCUGAGAUGGAUUUUCUGCAGAUGCAUCCAGGGACUGCUGCAGAAACGCCGUUCGACAUGGACAACCUUGAGAACUUUGGGUUUGGCUGUGAUGAUGCAUUUUUGAAGCAGGUAUCAUCUACGAAUCUUGACUUUUGGGAUGCAGAGCCGAUGUACUAG